AUUUUCUUGUUUGUGUUUUAAUUCGUAAAUAAUUUUAUUGCAAUUUUUAUCUAUAAUUUAAAAAUAAAGAAUUAUAUUUAUAGUUAUAUUUUGCAUAUAACUAACCACAUAAACUGUAUAUUAUUUAUGUAUGUGUUAACUCGAAUGGAAAACGUUAAUAUUUUGUCGGACAAUCAUAGCCACGUAACUUCAACCUAGUUCUAAGCAAAUGAUUUAUCAAUGCGCUCUUCUGUGAGCUAUAUUUUGUCUCACGCUCCCGGGGAGUCGGUGAUGUCGCACCCUGACUACUCGCAACAUGCCCAGCACCAUGCCUGCCUGCUGGUGCUGGUUAAGGGCAUUGGCGGCAUGCUUAAAAACUUCAAUAAAUUAUGGGACAGGAUACAAAAGGUCAAUAACAUCAAAGUUACUGAUUCAACAGGGCAAGUAAGGGAUAUUUGGGUGCGUUAUGUUCGAGAUUAUCCUGUGGAGAACAAUGAUUGGGGUGAUUUUCAAACUCAUAGACGUCUUCUUGGACUCAUAACACUGAGUAAAUUCACUAAUCAAGUAGAAUUAAAUGAAGUGUGCCGUGUCCAUGAAUCUUUGAAGGUGAAAUACAUAAAUACUCUAUAUGAUUCCCGAGCAUUCAUGUUUGGUCCAAUCAGUAAUAUGAAGAAACCAGAACAGGAACCUGAAAACUAUAGCUUAUUUGAAGAUGAUAAGGUGUUCAGAGAUGGAAGUACUAGUGAUAAGACUUCCAUGCCCAGUGAACAUUCAGAUAGCUUAUCAUCAUCUGAAAGCUUUCCACAUUCUGUCUCAUCAAAUGCAUCUUGUCCUAUCCAAGAAGAGAACUUCACCACACCAUCCAACUUCAAAACCCAUGCCAUGUUCUAUGGUGAAAAUGAUCCUGUGCCUGAUUUAGAACAGAAUGUGGCAGAUUUAAUAAAUUCUCUCUUCUGGGUUGUAGAGUCUAAAAGAUUAGAGAGAUCUAGAGAGAAAUUAGAAAAAGUAUCACUCCUCUUAGCUCCAUUUGAGAAAAAGGAUUUUGUGGGCCUUGACAUGGAAUCUCGUAAUAAUAAAAAGCGAUGUAUGGGCCGUGUGACGAAGAAUCUAGCUGAUUUGACUUUACAAGCUGGAUUAGUACCAGAAAGCCUUAGCUUGUAUCACAACUCAGCAGAGAUACUGAAAUCAGUUAAUGACUGGCUUUGGUUAGCGGCAGCUAAAGAAGGUCUCUGCGCAGCUUCUGCUAUACUUCUUUACCCAAACUUACUAAAUUCUAUACCUUUACAAAGGAAUGCCAGUCUACAAGAAAGUUCUCCUAGUAAAACCAAAGCAUUAUCAUUAUUCCAACCAAAUAUGGAACCAUAUAGGAGAUAUAAAUCCACUUCAUCUAGUCCUCUGAAAUCAUCUAAAGCUUCUAGUCCAGUCAAUCUACCCAGUGAACUAACACCGUCAUCAUCUGACAGUACCGAGUUGUCAUCAAGACAAUCAGAAACUGAUAAUGGUGAUUCGGAAUCAUUAGCCUCCUCAAGUGACAUUGAGUAUCAAAGUCAAAGUCAAAAGUCAUUUUUGGGUCCUGACUUACCAUCUAUACCAAGACAACCACCAUCACAAUUACAAAAUCAGUACCUUCUGAAUGGCGAAGACAUUGCCGAAAAAUAUCGCAAAGCUAUAAUUCACUACAGUAAAUACCAAAAUGCUGGAAUAAUAGAGACAGAAGCAUGUUUUAAAGCGGCAAGAAUUGCUGUUGAACAGAAUAACAGUUUGCAUGCAUCUAGCUUUCUACAGAAUGUUAUUUUCAUAAACUUGACACUGAGUGAACAAGAAAAGAUUCAAAGAUUUGACACUCUGGCUGAACUUUAUAAAGAAAUUGGCUUCCUCCGUAAAGCAGCAUUUUGUCAGCGAUUGGCUGCCACUCGGCAAGUGAGCCCUAAUAAUCCAAACCCAGACUGGCAGAGGUGCUACUACCUCAUGCUGGAUAGUUUCCCAGGACACAAGCUAAGCUUGGAUCCUAACUAUGUAAUUCAACAUCAAGUUGGUUGGCCUGCACUACAAAUUCAACUGCUCCAAGAGUUAGUAGUCGCUGCCCGAAGAAUGGGUCACCCAGCUUUGGCAACAAGACACAUGACAUUUUUACUACAGACAAUGUGGCCGCAUUUGUCGCGGCAAGAACAUAGAGAUUUGGCUAUACAAUUACAGGCGCUGUCGGCCCAAUGCGAGGGCGGGCCAGUGCCGCUGGUGCUGCCGACGGGCGCGGUGGUCCCGCCGGCGAGCUUGUCGCACGUGCCGCAGUGCGGCAGCUUCACACCGCGCCCGCCGCCGCCUCCGCGCGCACCGCACCUCGUCAAACUGAAGACUCAGCAAGGGCCCUUCAUAUUCACUCCAAUACAUUUUGGUACUUUGGAACGGAAAGCUAAGAGGGAUGAGGGGAAAAUGGAGUAUCUUUGGGUAGAAGACGAUAUCUGCGAAGUUCAAAUGAAACUUACAAACCCAUUGCCUUUUGAGUUAAAAGUUUCGAACAUGCGAUUACUAACCUCCGGCGUCGUCUUUGAAUCUAUUCCGGAGACCAUCAUAUUGUCACCUGACACGCCCACCACGGUCAAUCUCCACGGAACUCCAAAAGAAGUGGGCGAACUUCAAAUACUAGGUUACUCGACACACACACUCGGCGUAAAAUCUAAUUGUAGACUGAAAACUAUGCCUAUGCCGAACAAAUUCCCAGCACUUUACACUAUCGAAGUUAUUCCUAGUCUGCCUACAAUUACUAUUGAGACUACAGUCUCUUCAGUGGGUUCUAUGAGUUUAUCCAGCCUGGAGAAUGUUGGUAGUACUACAAAUAUAACGUUACACAAUGGGGAGAGCACAGAGUGUUAUAUGAAAAUAACGAAUACCAGUAACGUGACUAUUGAAUAUCUAGACGUCGCUAUACAGUCAAAUAUGGACAACCAACUUCAAUCCAAGAUAUUUCAAUUCUCCAAUGAAGAUAUACAAGCUGAACUACCAAUAGCACCGAAUGACACUGCCACUAUUAACAUAAAGUUAUAUGGAGAAGCAGAUUUCUUGGAUCUAGGUGGCGUUGGGGGUGACAAUCUGUUUCCAAACAGCCUCACUUCUAAUUAUCCAUCAAGAGUGGGUUCGCCGGUGCCUAAUACAUCUCUGCCCACACAGAGCUCCAACCCGCAAACUUCAUUAAGUAGUGGUCUUAUGGCUAAUAGAACAUCUGGGAGUUUCAGAUCAACAAACUCUCAUACAACUAGUUGGUCGGCACCAAUUUCUGUUAUGCCGCCAUCUCGCGGUCGCCAAAUAGAGACACAGGUAAUAAUAAGGUAUUCGGGCGGAACUGGUAAGGAAAUGCACUGUCGUCAAUCGACAUUACAAAUUAAUUUGGAACUCUUGCCCAGUGUAUCUAUUACGCAUUGGGACGUAUUACCGGCCGAGAUACCGUCACAACUCUAUUUAGUAUUAGAUGUUACAAACUUAACCUCAGAAGAAAUGGAUUUCCACUACGCGCCUAGUAAACACAUUCUGAUUGAGAGCAAAGAGUCAUGUAGGAUACCGGUACCACUCGAUCGGUGCCCGUUUAAUAUUACGGCCAACAAAACAGACGAUGAGCUGUUGGAAUCCAAAUCCAUAAGUACUGGCACAUCAUCCAAUAGCUUAGAAUUGAUGUGUUCAGAACAUAUCACCAACAAUAUAGACCUGCGGUGGCAUCUCAUGCAGUCCGAUAUCAAUGGAAAGGCCUCUGUAAAAGGUAUAACUUUAUCGCAGACGAUGAUGGAUAUUGUCAGGAUGUCGCCAUUAAAUUGGGAAGUAAGCGUCAACAAGCAAUGCAUUAAGCCGCAAGAUGAAUAUAGUUGUUCAGCCGGCGAGUGUCUAUCACUGGGCGUCGCGGUAUGGAACCAUUUGUCGCGACCGCUGCAUAAACUCUGCCUGUCGGUACAGUUCUAUCAAGACUAUAACAACGGAGUUCUUUGCUAUAAGCUGGAUAAUAGAGUUGCUACUGCUGGAAGUAAUAAAGUAGUGUUGUCUACACUUGCUGAAUCCGCAAAAGCUUACCAUGAAUGCGCUGUGGUAUUUCUAACGCCUGGUGAAUACAAGAUCGAUAUUCAGUGUUCUACUACGGAGCCAGUACUUGACGACGUGACCAUUAAAGACACGGACAACCCAGCGAUAGUGCAAUCUUGUACUGGCGAAGUCAGCCACGUGUGGAGAUUUAUACCACCUGUAGCUAUAAGUGUUACUGAUUAGAAUAUAUAAAACCUAUUUAUUUUUGUAUAGAUACAUUAUCCAUAAAUACAUAUAUAUAACCUAAUAUUGUUACGAUAUGCGAUGUAUAAAUAUAACAUAAUUGAUUAU